ACACGAACGCACAACAACGGGACAAAAUGGCAGAAGUAGCUCCAGCUCCAGCCGCCGCCGUGCCCAAAGCAGCCAAGAAGAAGGCGUCCAAGCCGAAGAAGGUCGGUCCCAGCGUCUCUGACCUCAUCGUGAAAACUGUGGCCGCUUCCAAGGAGCGGAGCGGCGUGUCUACUGCAGCCGUCAAGAAGGCUCUGACCGCCGGGGGAUACGAUGUGGACAAGAACAAUGCCCGCGUCAAGACCGCCAUCAAGAGCCUGGUGGCCAAGGGGACUCUGGUCCAGAUCAAGGGGAUCGGGGCCUCUGGCUCCUUCAAGAUGAGCAAGACGACCGCCGACAAACCGGCAAAGAAAGCCGCUCCGAAAGCCAAGAAGCCCGCUGCGAAGAAACCCGCAGCGGCCAAAAAGCCCAAAGCAGCGGCAGUGAAGAAGGUUGUAGCCGCUAAGAAGUCACCGAAGAAGGCCACGAAACCCGCAGCGGCCAAGAAGGUAGCCAAGAGCCCCAAGAAGGUGGCCAAGAGCCCCAAGAACGUAGCAAAGAGCCCCAAGAAGGUGGCCAAGAGCCCCAAGAAGGUGGUGAAAAAGGCCCCCGCAGCCAAGAAAGUCCCCGUUAAGAAAGCUGCUAAGCCCAAAGCCAAGAAAGCUGCACCCAAGAAGAAGUGAGCUCAUCCUGAACAAAAAGAAGCAAAGCUUCUAUAAAAAGGCUCUUUUAAGGGCCACCAAUCCUUCCUCAAAGAGCUGUUUCCUUUCCUUAAGUUAUUUACAGAAAACUUUGUGUGUUUAUAUUAUAUUUUACACUCAACCGAGGCUACACUAAUCCAUUAAGGGACAUCCAACAACUUAACACAUAUACAGGAAUAAAACAGAUAAGCAAAAAUAGAAUUUAUGAAUCUCCGAUUAAAAGAUGUAUCUCUGCUACUUUGUUUGCAUACAUCAUGUGUGAUGUAGCCUUUUGAGGAUCUGAUCGUUGUAGCUAUAUAUAACUACAUCAUAUGUGAACAGACAAAUGCCACUGUUUCACCUCCAGUAGAAAGUCGAUGUGACACAUGGCAUUAAGUGAUCUGUUCAAGAACCCAUUAUAAAUCAGGAGGAAUCAUCAAAUUUAUCAAUUCUUCCAAGGUACAAAUUACUGUUCCAUUUCAAAAUGUGUAAAACAGGAAAUACUUGGUGUUAUACAUGGUGUAAGAUACAGAAUCCAAUACAAAGCACUGCUGUAUGUUUUUAAGUCUCUUCAUGUUCUAGCCCCUGAGUAUGUUACUGAUUUGAUCAGCCGGCGUCAAUCCAGUCGAUCUCUACGUUCAAAUGAUCAGUUGCUUCUCGAGGUUCCGCAAACCCGUUUAAAAUGUAAAGGUGAUCGGGCCUUUUCUGUUGCAGCUCCUAGGCUUUGGAUGACCUUCUUAUGUCUGUAAAAACCUGUCCUUCCUUGGGCGUCUUUCAGAGUGCGCUUAAAACCUUUUUGUUUUCUUUAGCAUUUGAUAAUGCUUUGUAAGGUUUGUAUAUCAUAUGUUUUGUAUUAAUUCUUUGUUUUUAUUUUGUGUGGUUUUUUACUGUUUAUUUUACCUUCUGUACAGCACUUUGGUUCCA